UAAUCGUUGAUCUGCACUCAAUCACACAAACACCCACGUAUAUGCAAUACCCAUGUAUAUGCGUGGUUCACCUAAUAAUACUUCUCCACCCAUGUGAUUAUCACGUUACAAUUGAAGGGCAAAAUUGUAGUUUGAGUUAAACAUGACAUUAACCCACCAUCUUCUCCUUUCAUCAGGCAUGAAUAGUCAACCAUCGCUGCCUCCAUUUCUCUACACCAUUUCUUUUUCUUUCUUUCAGACUCCAUUCAUUUUCUCUCUCUGCAUUUUUUUAUUGUCCUUGAGCAAAGAUGGAGUGAUUCUUGAUUCUUGAUUCUUCUUGAUUCUCAACCUCAAGAAUUGUUCUGAAAACCAAUUCGAUUUUCGGGAGAGAGAGAGAGAGAGAGAUGGCAGCUUACGCAGCUCUACUUUCUCUCAGGCAUAUCAUCGAACAGCUUCAGCAUCACCCUUCCCCUCCAAUUUCUCUUGACCAAAACCAGGUCCAAUCUCUCACCAACAACCUCAAUUUCUUGCAAGAGUUUCUUGAGCAGGGAUAUCCUUGUGUUGGCAUCAGCAAAGAAGCAAUUGAUGUUUUUGAAAGUCGAAUUGCAGAUGCAGCUCAUGCAGCCGAAGAUAUAAUCGAAACCCGAAUUGUGGAUCAAAUUCUUACUGAAUCGACUGCUCAAGCGUCGAAAGAUAUAACCGAAACCUGGGUUAGUGAUCAAAUUCUUGGUGGUGCUGGUUCAUCAAGAUCUCCUUCAACGAGGCAGAAUGUCAAUAUCGUAGCUGGUUUAGAUGUCGUGGAAAAAAUCAGUUCAGUCGACUUGUACCGAGAUCUCGAUAAGGUGAUCCAAGACAUGGGUUUAAUCAAGAAAGAUGUGAUGGAGAUUAAAGAUAUUAAUAUUGGAAGAAUCGAAGAUCAUGAUCUGCACAUAAAUUCUUCAACUCUUGCUGGUGCUGCUUCAUCAAGGUCUCAUUUAACAACGAGGCGGGAUGCCGUGGUUGGUCUUGACGAGCUCUUGAUUGAAGUAAUGGAUAAGCUGACUGGCCAACAAUCUAAUCUCCACAUAAUCCCGAUUGUUGGCAUGGGCGGCAUUGGUAAGACUACUCUUGCUAGAAAUGCUUACCUUAAGUUUAUGAAGCACUUUGAUAUUCGAGCUUGGGUUACAGUAUCUCAAAACUACAAUGUGCGAGAAAUUCUUGUAGAAAUUCUUCUUUGUAUAAACAAAGCUGAGAGCCGAGAAACCUUGAGUGCGAAGAGUGAAGGUGAAUUAGGUGUAAAAGUACACCAAAGUUUAUGGGGAAGGAGAUAUUUGAUUGUAAUGGAUGAUGUUUGGAGUGUUGAGGUAUGGGAUAAAGUGAAUCUCUUCUUUCCAGACAAUGGUGAAAGAAGCAGAAUAAUGAUAACCACUAGGCUAUCAAACGUUGCUUCGAUUGGCUCUGGUGGCGUUGUGAUGGAUUUCUUAAAUGAGGAUAAGAGUUGGGAUCUACUGUGCAGAUAUGUAUUUGAAGAAGAAGACGAUUGCUCUCCUGAAUUGGAGGAAAUAGGAAAGAAGAUUGCCAAAAAUUGCGAAGGACUUCCUUUGUCAAUAGUUGUGAUUGGAGGACACCUAGCGAAGUCUAAGCGCACAAAAGAACAUUGGGAAUAUAUUUCAGAAAACUUAAAAAAAAUUGUAAAUUCGGAAGACGAUGAGCGUUGCUUAAAAGUAUUGCAAUUGAGUUAUAACCAUUUGCCGGUACAUCUAAAGCCAUGUUUUCUUUAUAUGGGAGCUUUUCCUGAAGACAAUAAAAUCCAUGUCUCCUGGCUUGUGAAACUAUGGGUUUCUGAAGGUUUUUUGAAACCAAUUAAUGGGAAAAGCUUGGAAGUGGUUUCCAGAGAGUAUUUAGAGGAGCUUUGUGACAGAAAUCUCAUUAGAGUUCAUCAAAGAGGGUCUAAAGGGAGAAUAAAAUAUUGCAACAUCCAUGAUCUCGUGAGGGAAUUAUGCUUGAGAGAAGCGGAGAAAGAGAAGUUCCUUUACGUCAGAAUACCGCAUGACCUUAACAAUGUUCCACAAGGCGUAAUAAAUACCCAACGCCGCAUUGGUAUUCAUCAAAGCACAUCGGAGCCUGAAGCUCUCUAUGCAUUGCAAUCUAUGCCUCUUGUUCGUUCUUUGAUUUGCGAAUUUAAGGGAGUUUUACCAACACUUGAUUUUAGAUUGUUGAGAGUGCUGAAAGCAGUUGAUAAGCAUUUAUAUUCCGAGGAGAAAAGACAAUACAAAUAUCCCAUAGAAGUUGUCUUUCGGCUAUUUAACUCGAGGUUCAUUGCUAUCCGGGUUGACUCGCGUCAAAAUCCCCAGUUUCCUUCUUCGGUCAAUCUCCUUUGGAAUCUACAGACUUUAAUUGUAAAGGAUACCGUUGGCGCUGUUGCACCAUCUGAAAUUUGGAAGAUGACUCAACUUAGGCAUGUUGAGUUCGAUGAACUUGAAAUGCCUGAUCCUCCUCUCGGCGGGCAAGAUGGCGAGUUUGUUUUGGGGAACUUACAGAGGCUCUCUGUAAUAACGAGUUUCAAAUGUGGAGAAGAGGUGGUUACGAGGAUCCCCAACAUCGAGAAAUUAAAAAUACGUUACGAUAAGGAAUUUGAGGGAUGUUCAAGUUAUUGUCUCGACAAUCUUUGUCGUCUACGUAAACUCGAAUCCUUUGGCUGCUCCUUUUUGUCCCAAAGUGUGCCAAACCGGGACGAUAUGUUGCAGAAUUUCAUCCUCCCGAAUUCCCUCAAGAAGUUGACUUUGUGGAGGACCAAAUUCUACUGGGAAGACAUGAAUACAAAUAUAGGUUUGUUACCCAAUCUUCAAGUCCUCAAACUGAGUGCAGAUGCUUGUGUAGGGACCGAGUGGGAAACGGUUGAAGGGCAAUUCUGCAACCUUAGAUACUUGUUAAUCAACUCGUGCAGUGAGCUGGAAUGGUGGACGACAGAUAGCUCCCACUUUCCAUGCCUCGAGCAUCUUGUCCUUCAACAAUUAGAUAAGUUGAAUGAGAUCCCUUCAUGUAUUGGAGAAAUACCUACUCUUCAAUCGAUCGAGUUGAAUCUGUGUCACGACGAUGCUGUCAUUUCUGCUAAAAGAAUAUUUGAUGAGCAAGAGGAUCUUAGCCUUCGAGUUCGAGUUGUCACGCAGAAUCGACAAUUUGAGAGCCUGGCUGGUCCCAACUUUCAAGUUGAAACUUGCAAUAUACUCUGAACAUACACACAGUGCAUAAAUCGAAGAAUGGAGGUCCGAGAGCAGAUUGCUUGUCGCGUUAUUGAACUUAGAUUGACAAUUUGGUAUGUUGGAAUUUACAAUUCAUUGUUUUAAUGUUGAAGAUACCUUCUUUCUGUCAUUAGUUUGGCGUAAGAGUUAUAGCCUCCGGUUAAUUUAUUAGAAGCAUUUGUGUGAGCUUUGUAAACAAUUUCUACUUUGGUUUUCUUUCAUGUAAUUUCUUUUUGGUCCGCCGGUGGAAUUUGGAGUUUCUUCAAAUGUUCGUGUAAUAUUAUUAUACGUAAAUAAAUUGAGUUGAGACUCGAGUUUGUAAUAUUUUGCCUUUAUUUAAAAAUCUUAAAGGAUUU